GGCAGGCUCUGACGCUCUGUGCCGCGGGCAGUCGCUUGUAUAAUUCUUGUCGGUGCUCGCCAGUCGCCAGUUAUUACUAUGCGUCGAGGCUUGUGUGUGUCCCUCGUUCUCUUUUUCACUUUCUUAUCAGUACUGCAGUGCACUGAUUGUUUGACAGCAUUAUAUUUUGUAUAAUUAUUUCGUUUUAAUAAUAUUCUAACGACCAUUGUCGUUUUUAAAUAAUUGUCCGGAAGGAUAUUUGUGGUAAAUCAUGGCUGACGAUUACGGAAGUAUGGAGGACAAUGCUGGUGAUAUGAAUACCAAAUUUGGGCUGCGAUUGCGUGGGCGCAAAGGAGCUUUGAAAAAGAAGAACGUCUAUAACGUCAAAGAUCAUAAAUUUAUACCGAGAUUCUUUAAGCAACCGACUUUCUGUAGCCAUUGCAAGGACUUCAUAUGGGGUUUUGGAAAACAAGGAUUUCAAUGUCAAGGUAAGAAAAUGUAGUAUAGUUUCAUUAAUAUUGUGCAUAUAAUUUAACAAAUUUUUGGUAAGAAAUAGAAAAUAGUCAAAUGUGUUAA